CAGAACCCCAACCAACACCAGAGAAAAUUAAACCGACAACGCAGACCGAUAGCCGAGACGGGAAGUAUAGCAGUGACAACGCUUGACACCAACACCAGGAACAACCCAACGCCAAGCCAGGAGCAGCAGGAGAAAUUUGGGACAGGACAACUCGCCAACAGCGGUACCGGAGACAACUCAGCGCCAAACCUGAAAAAUAAAAUCAUCAUUAGCAGAGACAACAAACGAGAUCCGGGACGACAGGAUGAAUAUCGGACUACUGACAAUCGUCAUGGGACUCGCGCUCGCAGGGACCCCGGAAACUCCAGGCGUGGAAAUCACACGAUUAGAGGGAGGAAACGGAAUCCUAACCACUAACUAUGCGAACCUGCGAAUCUAUCACACGGUGUGGAAUAUGAUUACACAUAUCGACAUAACAAAAUUCCUAGAGGAAAAACAAAUCCUCACACGACACUGGUUGGGAAUGAAAGGGAUCUGUACCCAACUACGAGGCAAUUGUAAUUUUGAAGACCAAUUAGACCAGGUAAUUAAUCGGCUCGAUAUAUUAGACGGUGCUCAUCGACACAUGAGAGAAUUGUUAGCAGAAACACCGGAGAGAUCGAAACGAGCGGUCCUCGGAUUUGUCGGGAAAAUAAGCAAGAUUCUUUUCGGGACAAUGGACGAAGAUGACGCGGACUAUUACGACCAAUACAUAGAAUCCCUACAGAUCACAACUAGGGAAACCCUAGCCCAUCUGGCGAAUCAAACGCACAUUAUUCGAUCCGAAUUCGAAUCAAUCCACCAAACUAUUCAAGGUCUAACUAAAGAAAUUAAGACCUUGAACGCGACAGUCUACGUAGCCAUCGGAAACAUCCUCGAACGUAUCGAUACUAUAGGGAUUAAUGGGAAAAUGGCGAGCCUUAUAUCAGCUUUCGAUGCGGAACUGAGCGAAUAUGAGCUCGACACCCAAAUGCUGAUUAACACCAUCCUAUUCGCGAAAAGAGGACAAUUGCACCCGUCAAUUAUGUCGCCAGAAAAUAUCCUGGACGCUGCUAACGAAGUAAUUCAACAUAAUCGGGGGGCGGAGUUUCCGGUCCCCCUAGAAAUCCCAUAUAUCACCGAAUUACUAAAACUCGCGGAUCUGACGGCCUAUUUUCAUAAGGAAAAGGUCGUAUUCGUCAUCACGAUACCAAUACUUGAGUUAACAAAAUAUACCGUGUAUCGACACCUGACGUUGCCGACAAAAAUUAAUCAUACCUCAACAUCUCUAGUGGCCUUUAUAACACCAAGUUAUCCCUACACCGCUAUUUCGGAGGAAGCCAACACGUAUCUCAAGCUUGACAGUGAAUACAUCAACCACUGUAAAACGGCAAUGAUCGGCCUUAUAUGCAAGACCGCACGACCCUUAUACGAGGUCAAUGGGAACAAGGAUUGUGAGGUACAAAUGAUCUCCAAUCCCCGUUUCUCGAGCUCCGAAAUAUGCGAUGUACGGGUAAAAUCAAUGGACCGAACAUAUUGGGCCCGAAUAGGAAAUUCCAACACAUGGGUUUUUUCCGUCGUCACGGAAGACGAAAUACGAAUAAAAUGUACAAGACGCGAACCCACCUCGAUCAUCAUUACGGGAACCGGAACAGUCACCCUAGCGCCGGACUGCGAGAUUCGAUCGCGAUCCGUCACCCUCACCCCAUUCCAAGAACUGACGUCGAAGUUCGACCUAAAAUUCGUGGACCGAGCCAUCUUCGACAUCCCGACCCUACUAAACAAGACAAUACGCGGACUCGGACCGAACAAUUUGACGGAAAUCUUAGGCGAAAUAGGCCUACUACAAACGGUACAGGUUGGACAGAACGACGAGGACAGCGUCACAAGGGACAGUCUCGGGCUGUAA